GCACCUCGCGUCCACCUGCCGUCCGCCGACUGCCGUUGCGUCAUGGUCUGCGACGAUGGCUUGCAUGCCCCAUCGCCCCACGUCCGUCGCAAGUCGCUCCGUCGUCUUGCCUCCACACGAGGCUUCAAACCAAGGUCUUCUAGCGAACACGGCUGGAUACGAGUCUUCGACGGCCUCGAGCCUUUCGCCAUCGAAGCUCCGAGCAAACUGAUUAAGAUAUCCAGCAAAUCCACGGUCGAAGACGUAAACAAGAAACUUGGAUUUAGUGACGAAUUGUCUCUGUGGUUGCAAAUCGGAGGAGAAAAUUUGCGACGCUUGGAACCUAAUGAACGGCCUUUGCAAAUUCAAGACGAUAUUCUUAUGAAAAAUGGUUGGUCCUCGGAAGCGCGAAGAUUACGAUUGGCCGUGGAUCCUGAGUUGCGGCACAGUCUGCGCUGGAGUGCUGGACCUUCUGGGACAAUGGGCGGGGUGCUACAAUCGGGUACUAUUCACGUACUAAAAGGCCAUGUCUUCCCUCAAUGGAAACCUCGACAAGCUUAUAUUCAUGGAUCCAGAUUGCACACUUUAGGUGUACAAUGGGAUGUACUAGAACUAAGCGGUGGGACAAUAGAACUGUGUCAGCCGAAAGCUCAGAAGUUAGUGUUAUGCGUGAAGCCUCGUUGUCAUAGCAACAGUUUGAUUGAUGCUGGAGUCAAUCACCUCUUCCUUGGAUUUAGCACAGUUUGGGAGAGAAACAUGUGGUUCUCCUGGCUGAAUGAGGGCACUCAGAGUACUCAACCACCUAGCAUUCUCGACCUGAGCGGGGGUGGUCGGACAUCUCUAGAAGCGGCGCUAACUCGGCAUACUAGCAGCGAGUUUGCGGUCCGCGUGCUAAAGAUGUGCGGUAGUGCUUUAUCAGUAUUGCCGAAGCCGACCUGCAGUCUGACAGCUCUAAUACACCUUGACAUCAGCGACAAUAGGAUUUCUGAUCUACCACCAGAAAUAUGUCGACUGACACAAUUAGAAGAGUUGCUAGUAAGCGACAACGAGUUAAAAUCCCUGGAUUGCGUGUUAAGACUACCGCGACUCCGCACCCUGGUCGCUAUCCGAAAUAUGAUCACAAGCUUUGAGACCAGUAAUUCGCGGCAAAUGGGAACUGAGGAAGACAAUCGGUCGCAGCAUCGCGCGCCACUGACUACAGUUGAUCUCAGGCACAAUCGAUUAAAAGGGAGCAUCGUGCUUGGUAACUAUGAACAUUUGGUGACUUUAGAUAUAUCUCACAACUCUGUCGAAGUACUGGUGCUGUCGGCAUUACGCGGCCUGAGGGAACUAUACGCUUCACAUAAUGCCCUGCAGCAUUUAGCAUUGCACGGUGGUGCCCUAAGAAUCCUACGAGCUCCGCAUAAUCAAAUGGAAACGUUAACAACAACCGUGCCGCCGAUCAACUUAAUAGAAAUAAACGUAUCACAUAACCGUUUGACUUCGCUGCCGCAGUGGCUCAGCGGGUGCUCCGACCUUACGACCCUACAUGCCAGUAACAACUAUCUGACCUCACUACCGGAACAUUUGUUCUGCAGUGAACUCUCCAGCCUUAGUAACUUACAUCUCGCCCAUAAUAAAAUAUCAAAUAUACCCUCAAUGCCCCGUUUAAGGUCACCCUUAAAAAAACUGUUGCUACACGACAACUGUAUACAAACCUUACCAGAGAACUUCUUCUCAGUUUGUGACAGGUUAAAUAUUCUAAAUUUAUCUAAUAAUAGACUCAGUCGAUUACCCCGAGCGAGAGGACCGUCAUCACAUUGCUUAGAGCGUCUCUAUUUAACAGCAAAUUGUCUAACAGAUGAUGUUGUGGACGUAAUCAUUGCAUUUCGACGAUUAAAAAUACUUCAUCUGGCAUACAAUUGUUUAACGAGUUUACCCGAUAAUUCAUUUAACUUUUGGCUUGAGAUCGAAGAACUGGUGGUUUCCGGCAACUGUCUAACAAAACUUCCGGAUAAUUUGCCGCAGCUAAAUAACAUACGUGUAGUACGCGCACACUCAAACAGAUUACGAUCAGCACCUAUGUUCGCAUGCAGCGCAUCCGUUAAGAUAUUAGAUUUUGCUCACAAUGAACUUGAUACUGUGGAUCUGAGGUUGCUGGCUCCGAAACAAUUAAAAUUCCUCGAUAUAUCCUGCAACAAAAAGUUGCAAGUCGAUCCAUCUCAAUUCACAUCAUAUAGAUGCCAACGACCUUUAAGCUUAGUUGAUGUUACUGGUAGGAGUUCGCUGCCGUGGUCCCAGAAAAGUGGAUAUCACGAAGAGCUAAAUGGACUUACACCUUGGAGUACGGGAUUUUCUGAAUGUCCUAAUAAAUUAUUACAAUUAUCAUGUGCCCAAAUUCUUUUUCCAUCAUUUUGCAACAAGGAAGGACUCUUUGCGAUAAUCGAUGGUGAAACUGAUACUGAAGUUCCAAGAAUCCUCCAGUCAAGCUUACCAGGCCUACUUCUAGAAGAAAAAUCAAUUAAAGAAACUAUGAAUGAAUACAUGAAAUAUGUCGUUUUGUCAGCUCAUAGAGAAUUAAAAGAAAAAGGACAGAGAAAAGGAGCGUGUCUGAUUAUGUGUCAUCUAUCACCAAUUACCCAACCUGAAAAUGGAUUUGGCAAUAACUUGAAAAGAUAUAAUAUGAGGCUUGCAAAUGUCGGCGACACUCGUGCUGUUUUAAGUAGACGUAAUGGUCCUUUGAGUUUAGGAAUAGAAAACAAUAAGCGUUUAGGUUAUUCCUCUCGCUACCCAAAUACAGUACCUGAUCCAGACGUCAUCCAAACUAUUAUUAAAGAUGAUGACGAAUUUUUAAUUUUAGGAAACGGAACAUUUUGGAAUGCUGUCAGUGUUGAUGCAGCGGUGUCGGAAGUACGCGCUGAAAGGAAUCCUGUCCUUGCAGCAAAGCGUUUACAAGACUUGGCCCAAAGUUAUGGAGUAGAAGACUGCAUUUCUAUUUUAAUAGUACGUUUUGAUACAAGCGGCAGAUCUGAUGUUGAUCUGUUGAUGAGAGAAUUGAGACAAACAAUUACAACGAAUAAAUCUACGUGCAGGCCUGACUGUUGUUGUUCCAGAUUGGAGCCUUGCUGUCAUUCUAUCACCCCACCUAAACCUGGCAGCGAUCGGUCCUCGCCGAGCGGUCAAAGUGAUCUCCCACCUAUGGAAAUUGUCAGCACUCAACAUUACGCAAGUGUACGAUCACAGAAUAGAGCUUCUGAUCGGAAAAGCCGUGGCGGGGUCGCUCGAGCGAUAAGAGUUCGAGUGGAAGAAGAAAGAGACGACGAACAAAGAAAAGAAGAAUCUCCUUCAUCCGAAGAACAAUUCAAAUGUUGGGAGUACAUGCUAGAACAAAAUACUCAAAUGUUAUUUGACAAGGAAUUGGACAAUUUGUCUAAGGGGAUAAAAUCAAACGUAGGCACUCUGAAAAACCUAAAAGGGUUGUCAGGUAGUAGUCCUCAAUUACAUCUCUCUGGCAAACAAUCAAAAGGUGUUCCAUUUCUUUCUAAACAUUUUGGUAGCGCUCGGACAUUUGGUACGGCACUUAAACCGGAAUUCAGAUUCGGUUCUGGAAGGGUACCGAAUGGCGGACCGAAUGCUGCAUAUUUUGGUUCUCUCCAAAGACUGAUGCCUUAUCAUUUAGAAUACGACUUUGCUGUGAUACAGGAAAAAGGAACACAAUCACAGGAAUCUUUAGACCUGGAAGGUCGUAUGCAGCAAUAUUGGGGAGUGGCCACCACGGAACUGUAAAUAUAAAAUAAAAGUGUAAUUGUAAAUAAAAUUAUCAUAAAUUAGAAUAGUAAUAUUUAUGUACCAUUUAUCUCUCGACUAGAUUUUUUUGCACAAAGUAUUUUAUAUUU